AUGGAGGAACUCCUGGCGGAGCGGAGCACCGGGAUCAACCGAGUUGUGAGGUGGGUCGGUGAAGCGAACCCCUCCCUGGAUGCCCUUAGGCUAAGUCGCAUCCAGGUCGCUGAGGCCCCUCCUUCACUUGGCGCUAUCCUCUCGGUGCUGGAUUCCACCGUCGAGCGACUGCGACACAUGGAGUUCGCCAUCCUCGACCACUUGGAGACCGAAGGCAAGUUUCCAGCCUCUCUUGGCAAUCUGAAGCAACUGAGAUUUCUUAUUGCUCCAAGGUUCAAAAAUCCAAAGUUCCCCGUCAGUAUUACUAGGAUCUCAAAGUUGCAGUACCUUGACAUCCAUGGAUCUUCUCAGGUUUCAACAAUACCGGAGUCAAUUGGUAAACUUGACUGCCUUAUGCAUCUUGACUUAUCCGGUUGUACUGAAAUAGUCAAAAUGCCAGAAUCUCUGGGAAAUCUCAAAGAUUUGCUGCACCUAGAAUUAUCAUCCUGCUCAAGACUUGAAUGGGUACCAGAAAGUGCCUGUGGUCUCACAAGUCUACAGUACUUAAAUUUAUUUUGCUGCUCCAAUCUUCAAAGGCUACCACAAGAUUUAUGUAGCCUAGUUGAACUACAGUAUUUCAGCAUAUCAGGCUGUUCCAAGAUUCCAGAAUUGCCAGUGGGUUUUGGGAAGCUCACAAAUUUGUUGCAUCUUGAUUUGUCACGGUGUUCCUUUGUGAUGCUGGAAGAAUUCGGUGGCUUCACCGAACUCAAGUAUUUGAACUUAUCAGGGAGCCUUAGCAACAAGAGACAGGCUGAGAUAAAUAUUGAUUUUAUCAGCACACUCACAAAACUAGAGCAUCUUAACUUGUCAUGGAACUUUAUUCCAUCUCUACCCGAAUCUAUUGGUAAUCUCAAAAGGCUACAAAGAUUGGAUCUAUCAGGCUGCACACGUCUAAGAUCCCUACCUGAAGGCAUAGGAUCAAUUGAUAGUCUGCACUUGCUGUUGGUUAUUGAGUGCUCAGAGAAGCUGAAGAACUACAUCAGGAAAUCUGGGCUCAGAUUGGUGAUUCUUGCAGCAAUCUUCUUCGGCUUAAGGGAAUCCUUCUGA